ACUGGAAAUCCGAAUGGAAUUGGUAAAAGGAAGAAAAUGUAGCAUAUGGUAUUGGUAGAAGGAAUUAAUAGUAAACAAUGACAGAUUCGACUUCAAAAGUAGAAAGAUGUCCAGGACUUUAUUGUGGGAGAAUUUCCUUAGGCAAUAAUAACUACAGUGAAUGUGGGGCAUGUCCCAGAGGCUACCAGCCGAAUGAAGAAAGCAUAUGUUUGGCUUGUGAUUCUGAGCCAACAUUUUAUGAUUGGAUGUAUCUGGCCUUUAUGGCUCUUUUGUCUCUAGUUCUGCACUGGUUUUUUAUUGAUCAUACCAAUAGAAAGAAGACAACAAAAUCCCUAAUCUCACUCCACAUAUCAGCUUUACUGGAGAGUGUUAUUGCAGCCAUUUUGACCCUGUUACUGGUUGAACCUUAUGGAUCGUUAACAAUCCGGUCCUGUCCUGUUAGUAAGCUCUCGGACUGGUACUCCAUGCUGCUCAAUCCGCAGCCCAACUACACCAAAACACUGUACUGUACACAGGAAAUUGUGUACCCACUAUACACAAUAGUUAUGAUAUAUUAUGCCUUCUCACUUCUCCUAAUGAUGUUGGCUCGUCCGAUGAUAUCGUACAAGUUUACGGAGAAGAAAGGGACGAAGUCCAUUUAUGCCGCUUUAUACUUUCACCCAGUCUUAAUUAUCUUACAAGCCAUGCUAAGUGGCCUUCUUUACUAUUCAUUCUCCUACCUAGUCAUAGCAGCCUCUCUGAUCACUGGUGUCAUUCAUUUAUCUGGAUGUGAUUUGUCAUCAUACUCUUCAGUGACCAAAGACAUUUUCCUGAAUGGCCGGAAUCUGACAAUUCUGGUGGGUCAUUGGUUCCUUCAUGCAUUUGGCAUCAUCUCACUAACUCAGCUGACACAACUCGAGAUCCACCUCCCAAUUUUGGCCCUGGUUCCCUUUCCAACUAUCUUUUUUAUUUUUACUAUCCAAUUCUCUCACCCAUCUCACCUUGAGGACGUCAAUUGAAGGUCACUGUGACAGGAUAAAUAUCUGGAUAAAGAUGCCAGCAUGUCGAAUUGUGUGGAAGAAAAUAUUGUGAUCCACCAGUGUGUGGAUAUGGAGAACAUUUGGUUUUAUGAAUGAUCCAUUGGGAUAAGAAGUGGUGUGUGGAUUGGUUAAAAAAAUGUUUUUAUUUUACAAUAAGUGAAUAUGCACAGGGAUAAGCAUGCAGGCAGAUAUAUGAAUUAUACUUUAAAUUAAAAAAAGGGGGAUUUUAAAAAUGAAUAAGUGAGAAAUAAGUCUGUUCGAUUAAGAAGGUGAUCAUUGACUUUACUCAGAAUGCACUGUACUCACAAAAGGUCAUCUCAAAAUACAGUUAUGAUUGCUUUGUACUAUGUAUUAUGUAAAAUUAUUCAAUAAAUAUUUAUGCCAGA